AUGUCAGAAGCAUUGCCAUCCUUCUGUACUGCGGUACGCUCUACCCAUCAUGCUAUUCACAAACCACUCAUUCUAGAUCUCUUUUCGUCAGACUUACUUAAGGAUGAAUCGUCCGAAAUUGACCUGGUUGGGCUUACUCUACCAGCAUUGAAGUCAUUGCUAGACUUGCCGACUGCUCCUGGGUCAAACGUGAAUGAAGGGUAUGACCGAUUAGUUCAUGCCCUUUAUCGUGGACGAAGUGGUGCGAAGAAGAUCAAGAACAACCUCUUGGCGGGAGUCCUCGUAUUGAUUGUCAUCCCCAGCACAGUGAAGCUCAGCAGAUCUGCAGUCGAGCACUGUUGUUUCUUAAUAUCUCAGAAGUUGCUGGAUGUGGAUGGUACAUCAUUAACUGCUGCCCACUGCGCGAAAACGCUCGUCGCGUCAGCUUCAGCGGGUAACCCGACCCUUCGGCAGUGUGUGCGGCUUUUGAUACCCGCCCUGGUCGAAUUCAUCGCCAAGAUGGCACCUCAAGCGCAUGAAGGGUCGAUAACGGAGCCUCAAGCAGCCGCGAUCAUUGGGGAGACCUGUAAGGCCUUUUCCAUCUCUUCAACACUGUCACCGAAGAUCUACGUGCGCGUGUCUUGGGUGUCUUAUUACCCUCCUGCUCGUCAGCAAUGGUGCGAGCACACAAGCACUAAGCGCGUCGAUAUCUACACAGGCUAUGACCCAGCUACUUCAGUUAAGUUAGUCACCUUGGCUCAUUAG